UGCAAGCCGGUUGUCAGCUAACCGGUUUGAGUAGUGUCCAGUGAAUGUGCCCUGUGUCUAUGAAUUGUGUCAUGGAAAUGGAAGAUAAAGCGUACAGUGUUGACAGCUUUGAUGAUAUCAACAUUGAGGAAGAGGACGAACAUACGGAGGAUACUCACAGCUACCCGCCAGAUUUUCCAAUCGAAGCGAUUGUGAAGUUGGAAAGACCGUCACCACCGCUACCGACGCCACCUCACACACCAACCGACGAAACACCACCAGCCGUCGUGGUCUCCCGUCACCAAACUUGGCCAUCACCUCAAUACCCUUCAUACAGACAAAUGCAGACCCCUUACUCAUACGACAAGCAAAUGCCGUCAUACAAUUACCCACCUGCCUACGUGCCACCGCAAGUUGCCACCUUACCUCCUUCAGCUCCGUACCACGCUAUGCUGGUAAACCAAUGGAUUAGGAAUGCAGCUUUGUACCACCAUACACUAAGAUACCCGUCGAUGGCACAGAGGAUGCCUGGAAGAAAUCCACCAACAAUGAGAGCGCCUGGUGCGCCAGGAACACGGCCGAAGAAACAAUUCAUCUGUAAAUACUGCAACCGACAGUUCACAAAGUCAUACAAUUUGCUGAUCCACGAAAGAACACACACAGACGAAAGACCCUACUCGUGUGACAUCUGCGGCAAAGCAUUCAGAAGACAGGACCAUCUCAGAGAUCAUAGGUAUAUCCAUUCAAAGGAAAAACCGUUUAAGUGUACAGAAUGCGGCAAGGGUUUCUGUCAAUCAAGAACAUUGGCCGUGCACAAAAUUCUGCAUAUGGAAGAAUCGCCACAUAAAUGUCCCGUUUGCAACAAGAGUUUCAACCAAAGAUCCAAUUUGAAGACGCAUUUAUUGACACACAGUGAAGCGAACAAACACCAUUUAGAACACCUCGAAGGUUGCCAAGAGGUUUCAUCAACAAGUCAAGCGUCUGAUAAUUCUCUCUUAGAUCUUUCAAAGUCAUCACCUUCACCACAAUACCAGCCAAGUCCCAAGCAAUCACCUGUCGAGGUCCCUAAGAAACCACUCGGAUUUUCUAUAGAAGACAUUAUGAAACGUUAGUUAAGCUUACCAUUAUAAGCCACAGAAGUUCAAUAAUUAUUAGAAAUUUAUCCGAAAAUUUUAAUUAUAAUAUUUCUCAGUACCUUAAUGACCAAAGACGUAUUAAAAUCUCCUCAGUAUUAGAUGUUGUUAAUACGAAUAAUUUGUGUUCAGUAUUUAUUUUCUCGUCUGAAUCAUCUUAAUCCUAAGCCUUUCUUUUCAUUCCAACUGUAAUCAUCUUAAUUUUGAUCUUAUUAAGCUAAAGACUGAUUGUUUUAUCGUUGUUAUGUUUCUCAUAGAUUUAUUUAUUUGUGAUACUUCAUUAGAUUACGGUUGACUAAAGUUACCAAAAAUUAUUACCUUUGUUAUAAGUUAAAUCCAAAUAUUUUAGUAUUACGAUGCGAAAUGUUCGAUGUAACGUCGAAAACUUAGAAAUGUAUAUAAUAGUCUAAUUUUAUUGUAAAUUUGUGUAAGUUUUAAGUUAUUUAGAUUAUAAUUAAAAUAAGUAAUGAGGCUCACAUGUAUUAAGUUACGACAAUGAAGGUGUCAAGUUCAAUUA